CACCUCCUCCCCCCACAACCCGUAGUGACUUCCUGGCGGCAGCGAAAGCCCUGGUGCCCAACUGCGAGGCCGGAGGGUACUUGAAGCUGGUCAGGAAGCUGCAGGCUCUCGCCCGAGGCCACACGGGAAGACCGCUGGACUACAGGGCCGUCGCGCUCGUCGAGGCCAUUUCCUUCUGCAGAUACGGAUCCGCAGAAAACCCUCCGCCUUUGGCUGUGAACAUCUUCCUUGGGGGCGGCCCGGCGGAGCUCGACACACCGGACACCUGGCCCGGCAUGAGUUAUCCAGGCCUGUUUCUGCACGACAACACCUCCUCUCCUGAAAGACAGCCAGCUGUCGGCACACCUGAUGGCGCAGUGCCACCUGUUGCCUCGCCGAGCGGGGCGGUGCCACCUGUGGAUGCUCCGGAGGGUGCGCGCCCACCUGUUGCUUUCCCAGGUGUGACGCUGCAGCCAGGAAUCUUACCGGCAGGAGACUUGCCGCUGGAGGACGAAGGGCCUGCUCUGCCUGACUCCGGAGGGGCAUUCCCUCCUUUUGACACUCCAGAAGGUCCAGUUCCAUCGUCAGACGGCACUGAAGGGCCAGUGCAGCUAGAAGACGCCGCGGAGGGAGCACCAGCGGCCAUGGAUGGCGACCUGCUUCCAGCAGUCGUGGGAGGCGAGGGCGGUGCCAGCCCGGAAGGGCCGAUUCCCGUCACGGAAGCCAAUGAUCGCAACAGGUUCUUUUGCGGAGGCGCCCUCGUCACGCCCAGACACAUCCUCACCGCCGCCCACUGCGUCGCUACUCGAAGGCCCGACGUCAUCCGCUUGGGUGAGAGGGACUUCAUGCGGACUACUGAGUCACAAGCCUUCGACUACCCCGUCCAGAGAGUCAUCAUUCACCCGGAAUAUAGCUUUAUCAGCAACUACUAUGACAUCGCUGUGAUCGAGCUGCGAGACAAGGUCGAGUUCAACUCCGCCGUGCAGCCCUACUGCCUGCCCGCCGCGCCAGAGGCCUUGGAGGGCGUCACCUGCACGGUUUCGGGCUGGGGGUCGCGGCCGAACGAAUUCGCCUCGACGCUGCUGGUGAGCCUGGACGUUGAGGUGAAGAGCCUCGCGGAGUGCAACGACCUCUACUCCGCGGCGGAGGACGUUUUCCAGAUCAAAUACCCGCAGGGGCUGGACGCCACUCUGCUCUGCGCCGGCGGCGGCCCCGGCAACGACGUGUGCAGGGGAGACUCAGGCGGGCCGCUGGUGCUGGACGAGAGCGGCCGCGAGACGGAGGUGGGCGUGGUGAGCGCGGGGCUGGGCUGCGGCGACCCUCGGUUCCCCGGCAUCUACACCCGCGUCGACGCCUUCCUCGACUGGCUGGACCGCACGGUGUACGGUGUGUGCGCCCGCGCGGAGUUCGCUCUCCGAGCUGGAGCGGACGCGGCGAGCGGCGCGGAGAACGGAGCCAACCCGGCUCGCUGACCAGAGAUGUCAAUGCGCGCGUGUGUGUGUUUAUACACUCUAUUUUUCUCAUCAUCUAUUUAUUUAAUCAUGAUUAUAUUCAUUACCACUUUUACAAGUCAAUGGAGAGACAUUAUCACCAGUACCAAUACAUACAUAAAUUUCACUGCCAUGUUA